AUGAUUCCUGAUGGCGGACUCACUAUCCAAGACCCGGAAUUCGCAAGCCUGGGAAUCGAACCACUUACUUGGGACGAUUCAAGUAUCGAUUUCAGCUUUCUGACUUCGCCGAGGAAUGACAAGACCUUCCAAUACCCGAACCCAGCUUCUUCGCCGUCGUGGCUCUUUCGUCAGUUGACACGAGAGGGCGAUGGUUCAAGCGAAAUACAGCGACAUCCGAUGUCACCCAACUUAUCAAUACCUUCUGCUCCAUCCUUCUCUGUCCGAUCAAUUGUUCAUCGGCCCAGGAGGAAAGCUGCGACACAAAGAACUGCCAGCCUGAUUCUACAUAUUCUCAAAUCGUAUCCGUUGAUGAUGAUGCGCCAUGGCUCUCUUCCUCCUUUCAUACAUUCAGGCAUAGUGUCUUCUAGUGCCGAUAGUGAUGACAUGAAGGCUUUGAACAAUUGCGUAUGCCUGGUCCAUAUGAUGAGCGCAGGGGUCCCGGGAAGUCGUGAAUUGUUCUGGAAGAAUGUCCUUGGUCCUAAUAGCACACUGAAGGCAACAUCUAAGCAUCUCAAUCGCAUCCGCAAGUCGGCGCCAUACACCUACGAUCUGGAACAAAGCUGGAAAGAUUGGGUUUUUGAAGAGUCCGCACGAAGAAUAUGCGUGGUGUACCAAGUCAUCAACAUGCUGGUAUACUUCGAACCUGCAGCGCUGUGUGAGUUGGACGGCGAUCUCCUCAUCGCACCACUACCGGCAAGGAAACAGCUCUGGGAAGCAGGUGAUAUGUUGGCGUGGAAGGCAGAAAGCGAGCGAGAACCAGGGAUUGAUAUUGCCUUCGGAUUGACUACAAAAGGGGAUCUGAUCCGAAGUGGUCAAGACAUGACAUGUUCUAUCAAUGAAACGGCCGUGGUGCACAAGUCUAGAUACAUCAGCACUCUAUCUCACAGCACCGCAAACUGGGAGGAGUGGUGCUCUGGUAUGGAUGGACUUGGGGGGCUUAUCAUGCUUGCUGCUUCAUUGGUUGGACAGUGA